AUGGCAUCGGACCUAGACCAGCUCAUUGAGAUGGGCUUCGACAACGAGCGCGCCCAGCUCGCAGUGACGAAGACUGGUGGCUUGCAAGGUGCACUGCAGUGGCUCGAGGACAACCAGGACAAGUCGUUGGAGGAGAUAAAGGCACAAGCUCAAGAGGCGCAGGGCGAAGAGGGCCCCGCACUCCAACCAGGCGAACAACCGCGCAGCUUAGUAUGCAACGAGUGUGGCAAGAAGUUCCGAGGCCAGUCGCAGGCCGAGUUCCACGCAUCUAAGUCCGGACAUGUUGAUUUCGCUGAGUCUACGGAGGAAAUUGCUCCAUUGACUGAGGAGCAGAAGAAGCAGAGACUGGCGGAGCUGCGGGAGAAGCUUGCGGCGAAGCGUGCAGGGCUCUCGGAACAGGACAAGAUUGACAAGAAGAGGAAUGAGGAAAUCCGAAGGAAGAGCACUAAGGAAACUCAAGAUGCCAAGGAGGAACUCGAGCGGAAGCAACAGAUGAAGGAGGCAGCCAAGAAGAAGAAGGAGAAGCAGGAUGAAAUCGAAGCCAAGAAGCGCAUCAAGGCAAAGAUUGAGGCCGACAAGGAAGAGCGUCGAUUGAAGGCAGAGAAGCAGCGAGCUGAGCGUGCCGGUGUGGCUCCUCCCCAGCCCGCUGCCGUCCCGGCGCCCACCUCGUCUGGACCCGCUACGUCUAAACCUGCCUCCGCCUAUACGGAAACUCGGUUGCGAUUCCAGUCAUCCAAGGGUAACAUCAUGAAGACACUGCCCGUUGACACAACGUUGUUUGAGGUUGCUGCCGCAUUGAGGGAACAGGAUGGGAUUGAGGUCCAGAGUUUCGUGCAGAAUUUCCCCAAGAAGGUGUUUGAUAAUGAGUUCUUCGGAGAGACUUUGAAGGAACUAGGACUUGUGCCUAGUGCCAGUCUUCUUAUCCAAUGA